GUGACGGAAGAAGACAGUCUGAGGCUGAUCCGGUCCCACGAGCCAUCAGAAGAGGGCCGACUGCUGGGCUACUUGUCGAUGGACGGCUUCAGCAGCUACCUGACGUCGGCGGAGUGCCACCUCUUUGACCGGGAGCACCACUCGGUGUGCCAGGACAUGUCCCAGCCUUUGUCUCACUACUUCAUCAACUCCUCUCACAACACCUACCUCAUCCAGGACCAGUACCAGGGACCCUCAGACAUUUCCGGCUACAUCCGGGCGCUCAAGAUGGGCUGCCGGUGCGUCGAGGUGGACGUAUGGGACGGCCCCGACGAGGAGCCAGUGGUGUGCACCGGACACACCCUCUGUCCGCCUCUUUCCCUGCGCAAUGUGUUGGAGGCGGUCGGACGCUUUGCGUUUGUGGCGUCCGAGUACCCCUUGAUUGUGUGCAUUGAGAACCACUGUUCACUCCGACAGCAGAAGGCCAUGGUGCAGCAUCUGGUGAGAAUACUGGGAGAGAGGCUCCUCCCACACCCUCCAGACCAGAGGGAGCCAUACCUUCCGUCGCCACAAGCCUUAAGGCAUCGGAUCCUCUUGAAGGGGAAGAAGUUGGGGCCGGGCUGGGAGGCGGAGGACGGGGAAGUCAGUGAGGAGGACGAAGGGGCCGAGAUGUGUGAAAGGAUGAAGGCAGCGAGUAACGGAGAGGCAAAGACCCCGAGAACUCCCACAGCCGCCACUCCAUGCAAUCCUCCUCAUCUUCCUCACAAACGCAUCCGACUGUUAAAGGAGCUCUCAGACCUUGUGACUCUGUGCCAGGCGGUCCACUUCAUAGACUUCCCCACAUCCACCAAAAUCCAAAAACCUUGGGAAUUGUGCUCCUUCCAGGAGAAACAUGCCGAGUGUCUCGCUGGCGAGAGCCCCGGCAACUUCGUGGACCACAACAAACGCUUCCUGACCCGAGUGUACCCCAGCCCCAAGCGCAUGGACUCCAGCAACAUGAACCCUCAGGACCUGUGGAAGUAUGGCUGUCAGAUGGUGUCGAUGAAUUUCCAGUCAGCUGGACUAAUGAUGGACCUGAACACAGCCUGGUUCCGCCAGAACGGUAACUGCGGUUACGUUCUGCGGCCCGCCAUCAUGCGACAGGAGGUGUCCUAUUUCUGUGCAGACUCCAGAGACACAGUGCCCGGGGUGUCCCCGCAGCUGCUCCACGUGAAGGUCAUCAGCGGACAGAACCUCCCCAAGCCCAGGGGUUCUGGCACCAAAGGAGAUGUGGUAGAUCCCUAUGUGUACGUGGAGAUCCAUGGCAUCCCUGCGGACUGCACGGCGCGCCGCACAAGGACCGUCUCACAAAGCUGGGACAACCCAGUCUUCGACGAGAGCUUCGAGUUCCAGAUCAACCUGCCGGAGCUCGCUAUGGUUCGCUUCGUGGUGCUGGAUGACGACUUUAUAGGAGACGAGUUCAUAGGUCAGUACACCAUCCCUCUGGAGUGUCUCCUACCCGGGUACCGCCAAGUCCCGUUACAGUGUCUCACCGGGGAGGAUCUUCCCCACGCCAAACUCUUCGUCCACGUGGCUCUGACCAACCGCAGAGGAGGGGGGAAGCCUCACAAAAGGGGUCUGUCUGUCCGGAAAGCCCGGAAGGGGCGGGACUACACGGCUCUGAGAGACCUGGAAAUUCGGUCGGUUGAUGACCUUUUCAAGAUGGCCACUCCCUUGCUGAGAGAAGCCACAGACUUGAGGGAAAACCUGCAGAACUCGGUGGCGCUGUUCAGGGAACUGUGCGGGGUCUCGGCCGUGUCAAACCUCAUGCAGUGCGUACUGGCGCUGGCCUCCAGAGUGACAGGACCCGACGGGACGCCUUUGCUGCUCUUUGAUCUUCACCAGCCCUAUCCCAGCCUGGAGCCCCAGGGGCCCCUGCCUGAUGUCCUGCGCCGGGUCGUCUCCACCUACCAAUCGAUGGUUCAAGCCAGCAGAGUGGUGUUGGAGCUCUCAGACAGUCUCUAUGAGAGGAUUCUGCACAUCCAGAUGAUGGCCAUGACCUUCCAUGAGAAGCUGCCGAGUCUGGCGGCCAAGGAGGGGUUAAAAGGUCGCAAGGCGGGUCGAGCGGUGGAGAGCUUCAGCUGGAACAUCACCAUUCUGAAGGGCCAAGCUGAUCUUCUCAGUCACGCCAAGGCUGAAGUUCAGGACAACAUGAAGCAGAUCUGCGAUGCCGCGCUCGCCGGGAACCUCACUCGGGACGUUGCGAGAGAAUGUUGGCGACAAAGCCAGCGCCGCCACGAGGGCGGGACCAGCGAUGGCGGCAAGUGAGCCAAUCAGAGGUCUACUUGUACACGCAGCAGCAGGUGUUGUUGGGUAGCUCGCAGGCCGAGGAACAAAGUGUUUCAUAUUGUUGUCUCGGUCACAUGACUGUACAGUAUUUUAAUAUUGUCUUUUUGCGGCAAAACAUUAUUUAAAUAAAAUCUAAGUGUUUUUAAGAAGAGACGCUGAUGUGAAUUUAGGUUGUGAUUGCGAUGGGAGCUCGUUUGGACCAAUUAGGCUGAUGACGGUCAGGAGUGUCUACAUUUGAAUACUUUGAACCCCAAGGAGGUCGGUAGGAACUCAAGUGGUUGGUGAAAUGAAGCAACAUCUAGCAGUAUAUCUCAUAACAAAGCAUGUUCAUGGAACUCUAUGCAAAGAGGAAAUAAUAAAUAAUCACCUGCCACACUUUGGACGCACCUGACACAGGACGCCUGUCUGAGAAAUGCAAUCGACAAAAUAUGCUGCUUUUAUUUCAUUACUGGUACACUUUUUUUCUCCAUUUUGGGGUAUUUAGAUUUGUAUGAUUUGUUUCCUAAUUAAAAAUGUUAAGCUACUGAAUCUGGAACUAUUAUUCAUUACUUUGUUUAUUAUUGUAUUGAUAAGACUAUUUGAUAUUUGUGUACAAAUGUCUCAAAUGUACGCCACAAACUUAUUGUAUCUAAUUACAGGUUUGCU